GAGCGCCUCCCGCGCCGGUCCUCCAGCUUCCCAUCCUGCCCUCGGCCCGCCUGAAUGGGGCAGAGGCAAGAUGGCGGCGAACGCGAACUCCGCCGGCGGCGGCGGCCUCUCGCUGUUUGAGUGCCCCAGCUGGGCAGGAAAACCGCCACCUGGCUUACAUCUGGAUGUAGUCAAAGGAGACAAACUCAUUGAGAAACUCAUCAUUGAUGAGAAGAAAUACUAUCUCUUUGGGAGAAAUCCUGAUCUGUGUGAUUUUACCAUUGACCACCAGUCUUGCUCUCGGGUCCAUGCUGCCUUGGUCUAUCACAAACAUCUCAAGAGGGUUUUCCUCAUAGAUCUAAACAGCACACAUGGCACAUUCUUGGGUCAUAUUCGUUUGGAACCUCACAAACCCCAACAGAUACCCAUUGACUCCACAGUUUCAUUUGGUGCUUCUACACGGGCAUAUACGCUGCGAGAGAAGCCUCAGACACUGCCGUCAGCAGUUAAAGGAGAUGAGAAAAUGGGUGGUGAAGAUGAAGAGCUCAAGGGCUUGCUGGGCCUGCCAGAGGAGGAGACAGAACUUGAUAACCUGACAGAGUUUAAUACAGCCCACAACAAAAGAAUUUCCACGCUAACCAUUGAGGAAGGGAACUUGGAUAUUCAGAGACCAAAGAGAAAACGGAAGAACUCCAGAGUGACGUUCAGCGAUGAUGAUGAAAUCAUCAAUCCAGAGGAUGUGGACCCUUCUGUUGGGCGUUUCAGGAACAUGGUACAGACAGCAGUAGUUCCUGUUAAGAAAAAACGGUUGGAGAAUCCAGGCUCAUUGACCACAGAUGAUUCUGCAUCGCGACGUAUGCAAAACUUUCCCUACAGCGGAGGAUUAUAUGGUGGUUUACCUCCAACUCACAAUGAGGCAGGUUCCCAGCCGCACGGCGUCCAUGGGACAGCACUCAUUGGUGGUCUGCCAAUGCCCUACCCCAAUCUUGCCCCGGAUGUGGACUUGACUCCUGUUGUGCCCUCGACAGUUAACAUGAACCCAGCUCCAAACCCUGCUGUCUUUAACCCUGAAGCUGUGAAUGAACCCAAGAAGAAGAAAUAUGCAAAGGAGGCAUGGCCGGGCAAGAAGCCAACCCCUUCCCUACUGAUCUGAGUUGAGUGUUGUUGAGGGAGGGUGGGAGUUACGAACUCCAGAAACUGUUUAUGUGCAGUAUCGUCUUUUUAAAAUUUCAGUGUCCUAACCAGAUGUAAUACCAAGAUUGGAGAAGUGAAAUAUCCUUUAAAGAUCUGUCUUCAAAUGUUUUUAUAUGUCUGUUUAAAAAAAAAAAAAAAUACAGCUCCCAUCUCCUUUUGAACCAAAAUAUCUGGCAGCCUUUUCUUAGCCAUUACCGUCCCCCGAAUUUUGAUCUGUAAGUUGAAGGGGAGGAGUCAUAUAAUUUAAUAAUCAUUUAUGGCAUGACCCUGCAAAUUCGUGUAUUUGGGUGUCGUGCUUACUGUGGGUGAUGUUGUUCCUGCUGGACUUGCGAAUAGCAGGACAGCUGUGUCAGAAGUUAAUGUCUGUGGGGCCAAGCCUUUCAGAAAUCCCAUUGGUAUGGGUUCUAAAGCUUGCAAAAUACAGGUCAGCUUUGAUUUUUUACAUUUUUAAAACUCCACCAAUGUGGGGGGGGUUGUUGUUGGGUUUUUUUUUUUUGUUGUUUUUUUUUUUAAUUUUUUGGGGGUUUUGUUAGUUUGGCUACAGCUUGUUUUAAUUUCCACCUAAAACACUACAGCAUCCCAUUAGGUCAUGAGAACGUGGAGUUGAGAUGGACAAGAAGUAGGUGGUCUUCCUCAGCUGUGGUCCAGUACUGUGCGACGGAGUGCUGUGUGGGUGGGCAAAGGGGUGCACACACGGGUGGAUCUGAGCUUGGGUUCAUGCCAAUGCCAACAUACAAGCGUAGCAAGCCUAGGAGCGUUUGACUGGUGGGUAGGCACUUUCUACACUUCCAAACCAACAAAGUAGUGUUGACCCUACCCUGUAAUAACUUUUAAGAUGGAGUUAACAUGGAGGACAACAGUUUCUUGUAAACUUGAUGGCCCUUUUAACGUAAAUAGAUGAAUUUUCAUUUGCAAAUGGAACUUGUGAGGUUAAAGUAUAUGUGGGAUGCAAGAAGACACACAUAAAAAUGAGCAGCCAUCAGCAGUGUCAAAGGAUUUCUGUAUUUAACAACUAACCCCACAAUCCGCAAACUAUUUUUACUGCUAAUAACAGUGGGUGAGGAUUGAGUGCUACUUAAAGCUAGAAUAUGAAUUCUCAGUAGAGAAUCUUGACUCACCUUGAAUAAAGCAAUGCACAAGUUGGUUUCAUAAUAUUACGUUUUUGACGACUUCAUCGCUUUUUCCCAUUGAAUAAUAUGAGAAGCUUGAUUUGGAUUGUUGCUGUAGCCCUUCAGAUCCUCGGGUUUAGGUUUCCAAAUCUGAUUUACAUGUAGUCAGACACUAUGUCUUUACUUUUUGCAAGGUAAGGCCAGAACUCUGUUUUUCUUAGGUUUACUCUGGAUUUUUUUACGUUCUGCAAUGCAGUUCAGCUACAUAGUCGCAUUCCUUUGGGGGAGUUUUUCCAGGAAACAUGCACUAAAAUGACAGCAGCGUACCCAGCUGUUCAUUGUGUACUGUAGCUACCUGGCUAAGUAGUGUUAGGAAGAUCUGAUGGUUGCUGGAGCAGCGCUGUGUUACGGUGCAUCUGGUGUGCUCUACGCACUGGACCUGUUCUGAACAGAUGCUCCAAAAUCAGUGUGACUUCUGCAUCUGCAGGGUGGUUGCUUCUGUCAUGUUACCAAGGUAAAAAUGAGCUAGUAGCUACCCUAUUUGCAAGAGCAAUGGCUUUAGAGACUGGUUUGUUCCCCUCCCUGCACCAUCAUAUCUAGCUCAAACUGUUAUAUGGAUGAACACAGUAACUCCGCCGUGAUAUAGUGCUGCUCUGUGUUUAGUUACUCUUGAAUAUGAUGCAGUCCUCAGACGUUCUGCUUCCAAACACUCCGUGCUGCUUCCAAAAUCUUUCUCCCUUUAGUUUUGCUUCUUUCUGGUGUGUAGAAUUUUCUUUCUCCAGUCAGUCUGCUUUAUGAAGGCAACUCUUUAGGGUAAGACUAGUUAGGGCAAGUAAAAGUUGAACAGGUUUUCUUCUUCAUUUUUUUGAGUUUGGGUUGUUUUUGUUUUGGUUUUCAUUUGGGGGUUGGGGUUUUUUUUGGGGGGGUGUAGUGGUUUUGAUUUUUUUCAAAUGGCUCUUUGCAAGAUUGUUCUUGAAAAGGGAAGCUUUACUGCUCAUUGUUUUUUAAAGCUCUUCUCCUCCCUGGGUUUGAACAAGCUCUCAUUAUUUUAGAGCUUAGGGGCCAUAGCUGGCCAGUACGGGAGGGGUCCGUAUAACAUCUAGGGGCUUUGUACAGAAGUUUGUACACUUGUGUAAUAUGUAAUAGGCCUUUUCACACUUUCUGUUGAGCUUUUUACCUGUAACCUUUACUAUGUUGUAAAUUAAAUGCAGAUUUUGCCA